GUCAAAUUGGGGGUCGUUUAGUUAUGUUUCCUUAAUUAUAAACAAAUCUACCAGAUUGAUUUUUAUUAUCAAAAUAAAAAUCUUAAGCACAACAUGAGUGUUCAUUUAACACGAUUCACAGAUUAGGGAUGACACUAGCUACAAAAUGAAUCAUAGAUACAAAAUCUUAGUGGUUAUAAUAUUUUUAUUUAUUUUGUUUAGAAUCUUUAGACUUUAUUCACCUGUAAAUUUUCAAAAUGAGCUAAAUGAACAAAAAGCCGUAAACGAUCUCGUUAAAGUAACUGUAUAUUAUGAAGCACUUUGUCCAGACUCGAAGUUCUUCAUUCUGCAUCAGCUCGUACCUGCUUACAAGAGUUUAAGAAAGUUCUUAAUUCUUGAUCUUGUGCCAUAUGGAAAAGCAGAGACAUUGGAAGAAGAUGGACAUCUAGAGUUUAGGUGUCAACAUGAUGUGGUGGAAUGCUAUGCAAACAAAGUACACUCAUGUGUCAUAAACCAAGUAAAAGAACCGCAAACACAACUACAAUACAUUGCUUGUAUGAUUGAUGACAACACAAGACCUGACGUUGUUGGGCAGAGAUGUGGAGAAGACUUGAACAUAUCAUUCGAUAACAUAAAAGCCUGUGCCAGAGGUGAUGAGGGUUCGUUGUUGUUGAAAGCAAAUGGUGAACGGACACAUUCUUUGUCCCCUUCUGUGAAGUUUAUACCCACUAUUGAAUUAAAUGAAAGCCAAAAUAUUAUACCUCAAACGUUGAUAUUAAAAAAUUUUCUUAAAGCUGUAUGUCAGCUUUUGAAAAUCAAACCAGAUAAAUGUGUGUAUUAAGUUCAAUGUGUUAAGUAAUAUAUUUUUAAUUGUGCAUUCCAUGUCAGCUCAUAUCUUAUUAAGGGCCAAUUUUUCAAGUUGUUGUCAAUUUUUUACAACAAUCAUUGACAUAAGCAUUUUCCACUGAAUUGACGUGAAAUGAGCACUUAAUUUAACUUAAAUUAAGUAUAAAUUGCUCCUGAAAUACUGGCCCUAAUAAUGGUUAAUAAAAAUGUAAUUAAAGUA